CGUUUGCAUCCUUAAUAGCACUUUUGUUCUUGGCAUCUGUGUAAAAUUGCAUCUACAUAAACAAACCAAAAUAAACAAUAAAUAUAUUAAGAACUGCACCAAACUGUGAUAAUUAGCCUAUUUGCUAUGGCCUUUUCUACUGAUAAAUAACAUACCUUUCUCAAAUUAGGAAGUAUCAAGUGAUCAGUUUUCUCUGAAAAAAAAACAAAGUAAUAAACUAAAGCAGUGAACACAUUAAUAAAAACCUCUUAAUGUACAGCUGAACGUUCUCGUUAAAAAAUGGAAGCAAAUACCAACAUUUUUGAAAGUACUAAUGGUGGAACUGGAGAUUUUGGAGUUACUGAAGAAUCAGCCGGUUUAUACGAGCAGCAAUUUCCCAACAUGCGUUCAACAAUUUCCAACAGUAGUAAAAAACUCUGCCGAUUAACUACGAUAACAAACAAAUUUCCAAUACUAAAAUGGCUACCUAAAUACGAGAUAUCGUUUUUAUUCCGCGAUGCUAUUGCUGGAUUCACAGUGGGUCUUACGACUAUUCCACAAGCAAUCGCUUAUGGUGUCGUCGCGGGCUUACAACCCCAAUAUGGACUUUACGCGGCAUUUAUGGGCUGUUUUACCUAUAUUAUAUUUGGUUCUUGCAAGGACGUUACCAUUGCCACCACUGCAAUUAUGGCAUUGAUGGUACAUGAUUACGCGAUUAUAACACCGGACUAUGCCAUCUUGAUAUCCUUUUUGGCUGGCUGCAUUAUAUUGCUGCUAGGCAUCUUUAAUCUGGGCGUGCUUGUGCGAUUCAUUUCUGUUCCAGUCAUCACGGGUUUCACAAUGGCAGCAGCCUGCACAAUCGGUAGUGCACAAAUCAACAAUCUCUUUGGAAUGAGCAGUCCGUCGAAUCAAUUAAUUCCAUCGUGGAAACAUUUUUUUACACACCUCACAUCAAUUCGUAUGAAUGACUCUUUACUUGGCGUAUGCAGUCUAAUCUUUCUUCUAUUGAUGAAGGAAGUAAAGAAUAUACCCUACGGAAACAAGACUUUUUGGAAGUAUAUUUCCCUGUCUCGCAACGCCUUGGUAGUCAUAUUCGGAACGUUUUUGGCCUACCAGCUAAGUCGGGAUGGAUCUGAACCUUUCAGAAUUACUGGUAAUAUUACAGCAGGAUUGCCACCUUUUCGAGUGCCUCCCUUUAGCACAUACGUUGAUGGAGAGGAAGUCGCUUUCUCGGAUAUGAUAAGCACAAUAGGCUCAUCAUUAGCAUCAAUACCUUUGGUAGCGAUUCUAGAAAUAGUAGCCAUUUCUAAAGCAUUCUCCAAAGGGAAAAUUGUUGAUGCAUCUCAGGAAAUGAUUGCCCUUGGCAUGUGCAACAUCAUGGGAAGUUUUGUGUCAUCUAUGCCGGUGACAGGGUCAUUUACAAGAACAGCUGUAAAUAAUGCUAGCGGCGUUAAAACGCCCUUGGGUGGCGCGGUAACUGGUGCAAUGGUAUUGAUGGCAUUGGCUUUUCUCACUCAAACAUUCUAUUAUAUCCCGAAAGCGACGUUGGCAUCAGUCAUUAUUGCAGCUAUGAUAUCUCUUGUCGAACUUAAGAAAAUUCCCGAUAUAUGGAAAUCAAAAAGACUAGAUAUUUUUCCGUUUAUAACGACAUUUUUUACAUGCCUAUUCUGGAGUCUUGAAUACGGAAUUAUUUGCGGUGUAGUUGCCAAUAUUUCAUUUAUACUGUAUAGAAGUGCAAGUCCCCAAAUACACAUAGAAAAGAAAAGGGUUUAUAACUAUGAUAUAUGCUUUGUAAACGUCAAACAAAGGCUGGAUUUCGCUUCUGCUGAGUAUUUGAAAGAAAAAGUUGUCAAGUUUAUGAACGAAUAUCGAUAUGACAUAAGUCUCAUUGUUAUAAAAGGAGAAGAGAUUAAUUCCAUUGAUUAUACAGUUGCUAUGAACAUUAUAUCACUUAAAGAAGAUCUGGAGGUGCUCAAAUGUGAUCUUUUAUGCUGGAAUUGGAACAUAAGCGCUGCGGGAGUUAUUUAUAGAUUGAAGAAUGAUUUAUACGGCAUAUUUAAGAAUGAGCAUAGCAUCGAGGAGAUAGUAAAUAAUUACUACGUAAAUCUACAAAGAAACAACAAUAGCUCAAAUGAUACCGUAUACACAAAUAUUUCAUAAAUAAGAAUUGUUUAGUAUUAAAUGAUAUUAGAAUUAAAUGUUGACUGUGCAGUGUCUGCAUAUUAGCAGCAAUCAACGUAACUAUGUUUUUAAGUAUACCUAUGUAUAUAGGUAGCUUUUUUUUAAUAAUAAACUACAAUAGCUGUGAUUUUGCACGUAUUAGGGCUGCAAGGUAAAAGCUUCACGACAAUUGCCUAUCA